AUGGCAGUAUCUACACGGGUCAUCUGCAGGGCCCAGCAUCCUGCUACUGAGACCCAGGCCCGUCUGCCGCCUUUCCCAGCCGCUGAAAGCUGCGUCACAAACCUCCCUGGGCUCCAGCGAGGCAUGGAGAAAGCUGCUGAGCUGAGCGCCGCCUCAGGUGAGGAAGCCUUAGCUUUGAGGCCGAAGCCCACGUUGCUGCAAGUUAGGGACAAGGGCGACGUCACUCUGAAGCAGUGGAAAACUCGGCAGCUGGAGCACCUGACAGAGGAAUUGAAAGCAGAGUUGCAGGAGGCCCGGCUGCAGCAAGUCAGAGACCUGGAGCGCCUCUACCUGGCCCGUCUGCUGGACGAGGCGGCAGGGCGGCGGGCCGUGGGAAAUGACCUUGACUUGGAGGAGCCCGUCCACCGAGGAACAGCAAGAUCCCUGAGGACUAAGGAGAGACAAAGAAUAGCUAUGAGAGAAGAGAGGGCCCACAGAGAAGAGCCAUCCAGGCAACAAGCCUGGCACCCCAAGUCUCGGAAGAAAGCGGCAGGCUCAGAGCGACGAGCCUCCAAAGCCCGGGGCUCGAACCCCUCUGAGAAGGUCAGAGGGAAGCGGGCGCCUCUGAGCAAGACUGGUGGCGGCUACCAACCUGUGGGCCCUCGAAUGGGCAGAGGGACAGACCUGGCAAAGCUGAACCCACUCUUAGCUGGCUCAGGAGAAACUAAGUACAAGGAGGAAGCACAGAAGGAAGCAGCCCGGGAGGGGAGGAGACAGGUAGGGAAGGGAACCUCGCAUUUGCUUCAAGACCCGAACCACAGCUCCAGCAGCCAGAGUUCACAGGGCAAAGUAAGUAACCAAGAAGAGCUGUGGCCCCCCGACUCCCCCUACAAACAGGGGUCUGCAUCCCCGGGGUCUCUACGCAAACCUGGGGACAAGAAUCAGUUGCAAAGGGAGAUCGAGUCUGCCUUCGAAGAGCUGUUCAAUACCAACAGAAAGCUGAAGAAACACCUCAGCUUGCAUCUGGAACAGAGGCUCAAGGUGGACCAAACCCCUGAUGAGCAGCAGAGUGUGUCAGAGCUGCAAGGACAGGGCAGUGACCCGCUGAGGGAGGAGAACGUAGGAGAGACAGACACAGCACCUGCCGAGGAGACCGGGAGGUCCCUGGAAGCAGAGGUCUCCAAAAAAUGGUCCGAGAACAAUUUGAAGCAGUUGCUAAGUGAGACUGAGUACCCCAGAUACCAACAGAUGUCCAAGUGCACCUUGAAGAGGGAAUGCCUGACGCCCAUAGCCGAAAUGGACAUUCCCAGCAACGAAGAGGACUUGCUGUCGCUGAACCCCGAGACAGGAUGUGAGCCCCCCAAAGUGACCUCGCUGGCGGAGGAAACCCUUGAGCCCCACCUGCAGAAACAGGUGGACCUAUCAGACUGGGUGGCUUCGAGGCUGAAGCAGAAGACUGAGCUGGAGCAGAGAAGGCAAAAGGCUCUGUUGGGGCUGACGGAACACCCAGACAUGAGCCUGGAAAUCCACUACAAGGCCGAGCUGGAGGAAGAGCGCAAGGCACGCAGGAAGAUGCGGCUGGCGCUUCUGAAGUCCUACCCCACGGGCACGCAGAGCCUGGAUCGGAGUUCCGAGCUCAGAACCACCUCCCUCCUGGACAGCGACCUCCUCCAAGAGGAGGACAAGCAGAAUCAGAUGAUCCGUGACCUUCAGCAGCAGAUUUUAGAAAAAAACAACUUACACAAGCAGUUUCUGGAAAAAGCCAGGAAACGCUUGCAAGAGUUUCAGAACUCAUUUUAA